GGAGUCGGUGACGUCAUCACCGUAAUGCCAAGAAUGCGGCGCAGUUUAAUUUAUAGCGCCAUCUUGUUUCCGUCACACGUAAAUAUAUACACUCAGUAUCCAGCUACAUUGGCUUCAUUGGUACAGCCCAAGGAAAUUAAAUAAUAUAGCUUUGGAAAAAAACAUACCGGAAUGACAAUUGCAAAGAAUUAACAGCGUUUGUAUCAAUUUUUGCUAUAAACAUUGUGCCGUUCAUUCUGGUCUGCGCCUCUUGGCCACGCGGUGGCACUACAACACAAAUAUACAAAUAUAACGUGGAGAAUCCUAUCUUUCUCGAUCUAUCGACCUAUUUAUUGAUCUAUUCUGGGUAUGGUGUAUCCAAUAUUUGGGCUGUGCUAGGUUUUGUCUCAGUGAAAUUUAUACCAUUAAAACUGAAAAAAAUUGAGUUAAAAUUUAAGCAACAGAGCACAAUUUAAAAUUGCGAUUAAUUUGACCCAACUGACAACCCAGCAAGUUCUUGGGUUGGUCCAUUUUUCAACCAAAAUUGGGUUGUUUUUCUCUCGGCAGUGUUUUUAUUGUACAAUUCGGUAUAUUAUUAUUUACACAUGACUACAACAUUCAAUUAAAUAUUCUUAACAAAAACAAUAAAGAAUCAUUCAGAUUUCACACAUGAAAAUAAAUCAACAAGCCUAUGAUGCACCUCCUCAUCAGUGCUUGGAUUUCCGAAUAGAUGUCUCUUUGGCGCCGCCCUGAGGAGUUUUUGAAUAAUGACACGGCGUGGAAAUCCACGAGUGUUUCGCGGGUGCGCUCAUUCCAUCUCCGUCUCCGACACUGUCACCGUCAUCCUUGCGACUCUGGCAGUGUCCUUACAAUCACUCCAUCUCACUCUCCAUCAAAGGCACUAUGGGAGGAAGAUUCUCGCUUUUCACGAAUGGAAUUGUGGAAAAAUCACGUGAAAGUGCAUCAAGCCUUUGUUCAGAUAUCUUUUUAAAUAUUAACAAGUUAUCAUGUCAUAUCUGACAGGAGGGAGAGAAAGAUUUACUGCCUCUACCAGAGGAACGCUUUUGGACGUUAAAGUGCAGCAUCACUGCGAGUCCUCCCGAGUUUGCGCAAGUAUUAAAGGCAACGAUUGCGUCUCCCGUCCUAACGAGCGCCCCACUCCAGAGGGUGCGGGGCUCAGGAGCGACUUGCAUUGGAACAUGUAUCACCCGAGAGAAGAGGCGCUCCCGUCUUAUAGGACUCUCCCUGGUUCCGUGGGAGAACGCAUCAUGUCCUUGAGCCAAACCCUGCGCAGAAAUCCUGGACUUGGGAGACCUGAGAAGAAAGAUGCGUGCUGUGAAAGAUGUUCAGCCACCCUCGUUGCUCUCAAGAAACAAGCUCUCAGCCUGUCGGUGCACCAUCACUUCUCUUGUAAGGACAAGAGUGACCUGUGUGCAUUUCUCCAAGACAACCUACGUGUCCACAGCAGGUCCAGCACAGAGUCCAGGGACAGAGGCAGGGAGCUGGGUGAAUGCACCACAUGUGGCACCAAGCUCAACCAGCUCAAACAUGAGGCGGUGCACUUGGCUCUGAACAGAGGUCACCAGUUACCCAGCACCAGGAAUGCUACGCUGCUGGGGCAGAGUAACACAAAACUCGGGGACAGAUCUGCCUCACAACCUCAUAGCCUGAAUCACUGCCCUCAAAGCCCCAGGACACCCCGUAGUCCCAGAACGCCUCAGAGAACCCCGCAGACCCUCAGGAGGAGGCUAGGCAAGCCCCCCAACCAGGAUAUGGACCGCUGGGUUGAGGACCAGCACCGAGUGUCUCCUGACGGUGUCACUUUUUAUCCUCACAAUCAGGCUUCAGACAAUGCCGUGUUAAGAUGUACUGAUAUUGUACACGCCAGCAGCUCCAAGAUUCCUCACCUCUCCAGGGUGGUAAACAUUGCCAACACUGCUGCCAUGUCCUUUUUUGCCAGGGCAGCAGAAAAGCUCAACCUGACGUCAAGGAGAAAAGGCCAGGCUUCCGACGCAGCUCCUGAUCAUCUCUCCAACAGCUUCAGGGAUGUCAUCCAGAAAAACCCUCCUCCUGUCCCCUCCUGCCUGCUCCAAGCUGCUAUCAGAACCAAAGACUCGCCAAAUGUUGGCAAGCUCAAAGUUGUGUUGCGAAUGAACCCAACAAUGAACGACGGCCAAUCUCCAGUUCUCCACAUCGACCCCAUCAAGAAAAGAGCCAUUUUAUUAGAACCUGCAUGCCAAAGUCCACCGCGCGCUAAGAGGACCUCCAGCAGGGACGGCAAAGAUCUUCUGAAGGCUUUCCAUUAUGACGCUGUCUAUCCUCAAGACUCCAGUCAGACUGAGGUGUGUGCUGGCGUCUUGGCUGAUGUCAUCCGCUGCGUGAUGAGUGGCAGCGACGGAUGUGUGCUAGGUUUGGGGUGCGCUGAUGUGGGCUCCUGGUCCAGCAUGGUGGGGAACACUGAGAGCAUCCACAAGCUCGGGCUGAUUCCAUGCGCCAUCUCCUGGCUGUACAGUGCCAUCGAGAAGCGGCGGGAGAAGACGUGGACAGAUCUUACUGUGUCUGUAUCUGCUGUGGAACUCUGCAGUGGAGAGGAGGAUACACUGAGAGAUCUACUGGGGGAGGUUGUCCCUUCUUUAGGCAACAUACAGGACAGGCCGAGAGCUCACAUUCGGCUCCAAGAGGACCCCAUUCAUGGGAUACAGCUCCGGAACCACAAUCGGGUCAAAGCUCCAACUGCUGAGCGGGCUGCCUCCCUCCUGGAUGUUGCCAUUGCAGCACGCCGGCAUAAUGACUUCACCACGUUCUUGUCCCACAGCUCCAUCAUGUUUUUUACUCUGCACGUCCAGCCCCCUCGCACACAAGAAAGCAGCACCAUUGGGAAAGGUUCACGCAGCUCAACCAAGUUGACCAUGAUUGAUGUCUGUAGUGGGAUGAGGGGCGGGGUUGGAUAUGUCCGAAAUAAACCUCCGCAUUCCGACCUGGGCCCUGUUGUUUUGUCGCUACUAAGUGGCCAUAAAACCAUCCCCAAAAAAGGAAGUAAGUUAACCAUGCUUCUUCGGGAGUCCUUGAGUCAUGCUAACUGCCACACCACAGUCAUUGCUCAGGUUGCUAAUUCAUUGGCGCAGCUACAUGAAACCACCUCCAUCAUCCAGCUGGCUUCUCGCAUCCGCAGGACACAGAAGAGGACAAAGCAAUCCAAUUCAUGCUCACCUAGCGGCAGGAGUUUGACAAGACAAAAGCGAGGCCCUCCAUCUUUUUCCCUGCGAGCUUUCCACUCCACCGACGAGGUCGAUGUUGACGUGCAACAUUUUCGUCUCCGCGGAGAGCUCGAUGAACGUUCCAGUAGUGACCAAUCCUGUGAUACAGUCAUCCAAAUAGACUCUGAUGGAUUGAUUCAGCCUAGAGUUACCCCAAGGUUAGCAAAACCCGAGUUUGUGCCCAUCAUACCUUCCUUACAUCCAAACAAGGCCGAUAUGGAAGAUCCGGAGUUUACCGCUUUGCUGCAAGAGCUGCUGAAAAUUCCGAAACUUCACGCAGAGAGCAAGAAAGAUGACACUCAAGGGCAGACUGAAAUUCUGAAAGCAGAAAUGAAGAAGCCGGAGAGGGACUGUCUUAAAUGCGACACGUUCGCCGAGCUUCAGGAGCGCUUGGGCUGCAUCGACGGAGAGGAAACGAUGGAUUUGCUCAGGUCCUCGUCAAAAGUCCUUCCUGUUAACAACAUCACACCAAAACCACAAUCCCAGAAAGAGAAAGAAACCCCACAAAUGUUGAAACAGGGGCAAGGUUCCAGUCAGACGUUGGGUCGGGAAAAACAAACUGAUGCUGCCUUCAACGGGGAUAAUUUCCAGAGAGAGGACUCUGGUCUUUACGAUUGCGAGGAGUGCAGCGCAACCAGUUCCGGCGAGGAGCCGCAGAAUCAAACUCUCAAUCGAAACAUAACUUGUCGCUAUCAGUUACCAAAAACCGGAGCUACUCAGCCUGCUGAAACACAAGCGUCUCAAUUUGUAGAUACCAAACCUCAACCUACUAACAAUUCCCUUCAACCUACACAGAGACGAGAAAGUCACGGAGCAGCUGACUGGUUCAAAUCCGACAAAAGAACUUCACCAGUUGGAAAGAGUCUACCCGCAUCUCCUCCUUCUCCUCCCUGCACCUCUUCAAAACCUUUACCGAGCAGUUCUCAACUUAAGGACAUCCCGUCGGACGAGCCCAAAAAGGACGCUAAGGAAAUGACGGCAACUAUCACCGUAACCGUUCAACAACCGCUGGAUUUAAAAGGUCAAGAUGAACUUGUCUUCUCUAUGGUGGAGGAGGUGACCAUUAGCGGCACACUGGACAGCGGUAGGACGGGAGGGAACAUCAUUUGUAUUAAAGAUGCUGCCCAGUCAACAUCACGCAUUCAAGGUUCUGCAGGCUCCCAUCCGAUCCAGAUUAUAAGGAACGUAACAGAAGAUUCUGCAGGAGCAAGUCAGACGAAUCUCACAUUUGUUCAUCCGGGAGGUCCGGCGACUGAUUUUGAAAAAUUACGGUAUCCUUCAAGAGAAAGAUCUCUACCUUCAUUUAUAAACCCCAUGCUGAUAAAUGCUGAUUCAGAUGAUGUAAAAGAAACACAAAGAACUGAAUCUACAAUAAAAUGCCCAGAAUCUGCUUCAGAGAUCCACCUAAUAAAUCCAAACAAGAUAAGUAACCCAAGUCAGAUCCAAUCUCACACAACGAUCUUGGAAAACGCAUCUUCUCAUAACAACAUAGAGGAAAACAAAAUUUGUGGCGACAGGAUCAAAAAUACAGACAAAAGCUACCAUGGAGACUGGGAGCAUGUUUACUCCACGAAUCCUCCAAAGACCUUCUCGGGGGAUGAACCAGCUCGCAGACGUUUUGGGAAUACUCGGCUAAUUGGUGUUUCCUUAGGUUGCUUAGAAACGCGUGGCGAGUCCUUCAAUACGGGUAGUCUGCCUCGAAGCUGGCUAAAUGCCAACCACCAGCAAAGCCACCAUCAUAUGGCAGACGCUUGUAGAGACCCAAGGGGGUUGACAUCAUCCACUCCGUGUAGCCCGGGGGUGACCCUAGAGAGGAGGCGUGGCAAACAGUCUUCCCCGGUGAACCUCCACAAAGCCUCCUCGCUGAAAUAUGAAACAGACUACAAGCAAGAGGCGAGGAGACCUCUCAGAAAGGGAUCAUUAUUUGAGACCUCAAAGGUAGGUAUGAAACAUGAUCAUGUGUCUGGGAGGAUGAUGUCACCCUUGGAGGAGAGUGGCAGACUUUUUAGUGCCAAACUGGAUCAGUUGGCGGGUAAAUCCCAGGGGAAGAGCACAUGUGACUUUGAAAGGGGAAAGGCGAUCUCCAAGAAAGGUUCUGACGGGUCCGGCAAAGGUGCUCACAAAGGAAAGAACAUUGCUGGUUCUACCAUACCAAGAGCAAGCAGAAGCUCCAGAAAGACUCGGCAAACUAGUCAGAGUAAUAAUACUUCUGAAACUGCAAACCAAUCCAAGCCAACACAUUCAAAGCUGUCUGCCGUCGGGAAACUGAAAAUGGUUUGUCCCAAAGUCCGACGCCUGUCCGCCCCCAGCAUCAAGAACCUCAGUCUGCCUAGUAAAGGCCCGCAGCAUUCCAUUAACCGGAGCGCUAGUCUUUCCCCGGACAGCAAAACCUUUGAGAGGACUUCGUCAUUUCGCUCCUCUUCUCCUUCACCCGCCAUCAGCCGGACGCCCAGUCAAAGCUCCACAUGCUCAUCCACAAAAUCUGCCAUCCAGGGCCUCACCAACGGACGCAUUUCGGACUUCUUCAAGGAACGACCCGCCAGUCCCGCUUCAUCGGGAUUGGACCCGAUGGGGUCAUUUCCUUCUCCUUACAACCAAGUCACCUCUCCUCGGACACCUCCUCACAUGAGUGGACAUGCGAGCGACACCACAAGUGUGCUCAGUGGCGAUUUGCCGCCAGCUAUGAGGAAAACGUCGCUGUAUUUUUCAAACAGGAACAGUGCCAUGAGCAGUGGGUAUGAUAGUUUGGUGAGGGACAGUGAAGCCACAGCCAGCAGCAUAUCUAACAGAGAUUCUGUGAGCGACAGGAGCGGGUCCCUCCUCGGAGAGACUCACAGUAGCACAUCAUCUCGGCGGAGAGGUAACACAGGCACUCACUUUCAUCAUCUUUCAAAUGACGCAACCCCUGCCGCAAGACAAUCAUUUAAUAGCCAGCAAUCUCGCUGGGCGGAUCAUGUAAUCCCUGAAAACUACAAAGUAUACGAGAUUGACAAAGUGCAACGGAUGCAGAAAAGAGGGACUCACAUGCUCCAGCGGCAAGCGGCCGUGUUCGGAGCUCAUACAGUAGAUGAUCAUAGACGUCGGAGCCCAGUCCCACAAAUUGAUCAGAGGUCUGGAACAGGUCGGGCAGAUUCUCGCGUUGGAGUACACCAUACAGAACCAAGACUCCGACCUUUGCCAGGGUUUCAAGGUGGACUCCGGGGAGCCCCUGGAGGACCUUGAAGAGAUGGCACGAUGGUUGGUGAAGAGGGAGAAGAUGGCGGCCUCUUUGGAUGGCAGCUCACAUGAUAGGAACUGGAAAUUACAUGUAUGAUAACUACUUUUUUUUUUGUAGAUUAUCACUUAUUGAUUAAACACAUGUCACCUUAAGAUUUGUUUUUGUUUUGUCAGAAAUUGUAAUAUUGUAUAUGCCUGUAAAUGGAAGCAAAAAAUAAGGGACUUCUAUGCUCUUACAAUGGAGGAACUUUCUUUUUUUUAAGAAACUUUUUCAGCAGUUCUUUACAUUUUAUUUCUUGGGCUGAAAUACUGUAUAUAUGAUGUAUAUAUGGUUUAUCAUGAACUGUAUAUUUUAAAGUUGUUGGUGUAGUUGGUCAUUUCUUGUUCUAAUUUCAGCGUAUUUGUGAAUUUGCAUUUUUAUUUUAUUUUAUUUUAUUCCAAUAUCACUUUUGCUUUUCUUCACCACUGAACAUUGUUGUUUUUUCUGCCUGUCCACCAAUUUGUGUCCUAGUCUGAUGAAAAAAAUGUGUUAGCUUUUUAAAACGUUUUUAUUUCGUCAAUAUUACGUUCGCGCUUUUCUGUGACUCUUUCUAAAAUUCCCAAUAACUUGUUUUGUAUAUACAUUUUGGAGUUGAACAACAUUGAAAUAAAAUUG